CUUGAUCGUGCUCAAUCUCUGCUUUAUCGACUCUUCUUUAUCUAAUCGAAGGAUUUCUAGCAUGUCUUAUAGGAAACACGGAUGCGAUGCACGAAUAAAUCGCAUAUUUGUUCUUCUUGUGUGGUCUCUGAUAGCAUGAAAUGCCGUUUUCACAAAGAAGAUUUAACGAGGCAACACCGCUUUUCUCAAGGUCGAAUAUUAUAUUCCCUCGGAAUUACAAUCUCAAGGGGCUCUUUCUACGGAGAAUACCGAUUCUAGCAUGGCUGCCUCUGUACAGUUGGGGCAAACUUCUGCAGGACAUUUUGGCAGGGUUGACAGUGGGUUUGACCGCGAUACCGCAGGGUAUAGCGUAUGCAACAGUGGCUGGACUUCCGGCUCAGUAUGGCCUGUACAGCAGUUUCAUGGGUUGCUUCGUUUAUCUGAUCUUCGGUAGCACCAAGCAAGUCACAGUGGGUCCUACUGCGUUAAUGGCUUUAUUGGUGCAAAAGCACGUGAUAAAACUGGGAGAAGAUCUUGCUGUUCUCAUGUGUUUUUUAGCGGGUAUUGUGAUUACAUUCAUGGGAAUACUUCGCUUGGGAUUUCUCUUAGAUUUUAUAAGUAUGCCCGUAAUUUGUGGCUUCACUAAUGCUGCGGCGAUUAUUAUCGGUACUUCUCAAUUAGGUACCUUGUUGGGCAUAAAAGGGCGCAGCGAAUCUUUCAUCGAUGCUAUUUCACAGAUCAUCAAUAAAAUAAAUAAAAUUCAACUUUGGGAUACUGUGUUAGGAGGGUGUUCGAUGAUAGUGCUGAUUCUUCUAAAGAAACUACCUGGUAAGAAGUCGGGAAGUUUUUUUGAAAAAUUCAUGUGGCUAAUUUCGUUGGCCAGAAACGCUAUAGUUGUGAUAGUUGGAACUCUUAUUGCCUACAUAUUAUUCUCUUACGAAAUUAAGCCUUUUCAAAUUACGGGCAAUAUAACGGAAGGCUUGCCACCGUUUUCCUUACCUCCAUUCACCGUCAUAAACGGAAAUCAUACGUAUACUUUUGUGAUGUUGAUCAAAGAAUUUGGUAGCAGUCUCCUCUCAAUACCACUAAUCGGCAUUUUGGAAAGUAUCGCUAUCGCUAAGGCAUUUGCGAAGGGAAAGACUGUCGACGCUAAUCAAGAAAUGUUAGCGCUUGGGCUCUGUAAUAUAUUCGGCAGUUUUGUAAGAUCGUUGCCUGUAACCGGAAGUUUUACUCGUACCACUGUCAACAACGCAUCCGGUGUCAAAACGCCGAUGGGCGGUGUAAUUACGGGCAGUUUGGUGCUUUUGGCAUGUGGCCUCUUGACAUCCACUUUCAAAUUUAUUCCCAAAGCUACUCUAGCUGCGGUCAUUAUAAUCGCCAUGUUUUCUAUGUUCGAGAUACACAUUUUUAUCAUUCUUUGGAGAACAAAAAAAAUCGAUUUGGUACCAUUGACGGUGACGUUAUUAUGUUGCUUGGUGGUCGGUUUGGAGUAUGGUAUGAUCGCCGGGAUUGCGGUAAAUCUAAUUCUCUUACUCUAUUUCGCGGCCCGGCCCGGACUAUUGAUCGAAGAGCGGAUCGUCGAUGGUUUGACCAUGCUUUUCGUAUCUCCCAAGCAAUCUCUGAGUUUCCCAGCCGCGGAGUAUCUACGAGAACGAGUAAUGUCGUGGUGCGACAAGAAAUCAGAAAACUUGCCUGUGAUAGUGGACGGUCGUAAUGUACUUAGGAUUGAUACCACAGUCGCAAAAAACUUGGCGCUACUCGUAUCGGAUCUUGCAACGCGAAAUCAGAAGCUUAUUUUUUGGAAUUGGAGUGAGGAUGCGAAGCAGACGUUGAUAUGUUACGAUCCAUCACUCGCGGCCUAUUGUAAAUCGUCUGACAGCAUAAUACAGCUAUUUAAAGAUGAAACUGUAAUUUGCUGUGAAUCACUUGAGCUACUGCCAUAACAAGAUGUAUGUUCGCUACAAUUUCUACAAUAAAUUAUAAGCGCUCCCUUUGUGCAUUCAUGUACAUGUAUUCUGAUGUAAGCGAUAAUCAGAUUAACUAGGGAAACUAUGUAUAAGUUUUAUAUAUAUAUAUAGAUAUUGAUGAAUAUUAUUUUUAUCAUCGAGAAGGCGAUAGAGCGGGUUACAUUAGCGAUAGGUUGUUGGCCUUUAUUUUAUCACAUUUCUUCAUAAGACGGACAGUCAUUUUCUAAAUCAAUUAAUAAUAUAUACUGCAUUUCAAAAUUAUUGAAUCAAAAUUAUAAAAAAGAAUCCUAAUGAUAUGAGCUAAUAUUUCACUAUUAGAUACAUACAUAUACAUAUACAC